AUGGCGUACACGAAAAGUGUAGACGAGCUCCAAGAACUCCUGCGACAAGCGGAGCAGCGCGCCGAAGACGCAGAGCGAGAUCGACAGGAGGAACGACAACGAGCCGAGAGAGAGCAAGAACGUGCCGAGAGAGAGCAACAACGCGCCGAGAGAGAGCAACAACGCGCCGAGGAUGCCGAGGAACAAACUCGACUCACGACGUUCAUCGAGUACAUCGUCGCCUGCCACAUCCAUGUCUUCCUCAAACUUGUCGUCGAAACAGACAAAAAACUGACAUCAAAGGGCUCUAUUACCAACCCCCGCAACAAGUGGUGUCCAACGCAUCUUCGACCAUGGCCUGACUUUUUGGAACAGCAGAGAGUCAUCUUCGGUACGCUCCACGAUAGCUUUCCUACCGACAGUCGCCUAUUUGAGAGCCGCGGUUUUCUAGCCGGCUUGGGUCACCGGAUCUCUCAGCGACCGAUAGCAAACGAGAAGACGCUCGAAUUCUUUUUACACAACAGUGUAGAAGACCCAGUCAGAACAAUAUCAGAGCAACUCAAACAGGUGGAGAGUGUCAGACGCGCAUUUGACAUGGGCAGAGGAAUUGUCUUCGAGAACCAUCCCCACGCCAUCAGCGAUGUCGCUCAAGAGGUGGCCGACCGUCAAACUCCCUCGACACCACAGACACCUGACCACAGACAUGACCUCAAUCAGCUGCGUCCUGAUCAGAUCUGCGUCUACCGAUCCAACGACGGACCCUCGGAAAGUCGUACCAUGGUCUUCGUUUCCGAGUACAAGCCACCCCACAAGCUAACCACACCACACCUACGUCUCGGUCUGCGGGCCAUGAACAUUCCGAAUGACGUCGUCAAUCGCAAAACUAUUCCAACUUCCGCCGCCCCGGAUGCACUCUUCCAAUACCACGCGGAGAGACUGACAGCAUCCGCCGUCACGCAGACCUACCAUUACAUGAUCGAGGGCGGUCUUGAGUAUGGUCUCGUGACGACAGGCGAAGCGAUCGUGUUUCUCAAGGUCGACUGGGAGGAGCCGGAAACACUGUAUUACCACCUCGCGGAACCCGGUCCGGAGGUGGCUGCCCAUCCUGAGCACUCUCACGUCUGUACGGCCGUCGAGCAAUCACUGGACGACGGAAUCAGGCCGCUAUACGUGAGUGGCGCCCGCGGUGUUCUCUUCCAGGUGACCAUGAUUGCGUACGGCUACACAUUCGUCGGCAAGGGAACGGUGCAGGCCUUCAUCCGCGACCUCGAGCAUGAGGCUGCCGUCUACGAGCGCCUCCGGUCGAUUCAGGGAGCCAACGUGCCUGUGUUUUUGGGCGCCAUCGACCUGCGGCCAAUGAAAAAGAUCUACUACUAUGACCAUCGGGUAACGUACCAAAGACACGUCGGAGGCAAGUCGUCGUACGUCUGGUCUGGAUCCCAGUUAGCAUACGGCACAAAUGGCAACGUCCUUCGGGCAGGUCGCUGGACUGGUGUCAACGCGCGGGAGGCUGGCUGA